AGAGCCAGCCCACCACGUCAGACGAGACGGUGGUGGCGGGAGGGACUGUGGUGCUCAAGUGUCAGGUGGAGGAUCCCGACGAUUCGUCGCUCCAGUGGUCGAACCCCGCCCAGCAGACCCUCUACUUUGGGGAGAAACGGGCCCUGCGGGAUAACCGGAUCCAGCUGGAGAAAUCCACCCCCAACGAGCUGACCAUCAGCAUCAGCGACGUGGUGCUGGCAGACGAGGGCGAGUACACCUGCUCCAUCUUCACCAUGCCCGUGCGCACCGCCAAGGCCCUGGUCACCGUGCUGGGUACGCCAGGGGCACCCCCGCGGC